CCAGUUCCAAUUUUUCCUGGAAUAGAAGGAUACAUUAUUCUGAAUAAAUCUGGUGCUGAUAGAAGUUUAGCAAUAAAAAAGUCUAUCAUAGUGUAUAGUGUAAGUCUAUAUAUCUAGAUCUACUAAGAAUUUGGUUGCAAAGACUUCAUUGGUUGAUAAAAACAACAGACUUAAAAUAUUUUUUAAAAAACUAUUUCUGAUUCAUCAUGGCUUACAGAGGGCCUAGCGAGCAUUUUCGUCCGGGAUCACAUUUUCUAGAUGAUUUUAAUUCAGAAAGAAAUAACCACGCCCAUUUGCCAACUACUAUUGCAUCUAAAUUAGUAAAGAUUAUAAAUUCAUAUGAACACGGAGAGGUUGUUUUUAGUCAAUUAUUUAGUAAGCAUUUUAGACGAAAUCAACAGGAUGAUAUUUGGAGGGUGUUAAACGAUGAGGAUAGCAACUUUACAAUUGAAAACAGAUCAAGCCCCUACGGUUUCCUUGGUAACGAGGUAAUACGUGUACAUACAAAGCUAGCUCUUUGUGCUUUUCAUUGUAGACAAGGAAGAGAUGGACGAAAUAAAAAAUGUGAUGGUCAGUGCGGUGCAUUACACCUUUGUCGCACUUUUCUUCUGAAGUCAAACGAGGCAUGUCAUUUUGGUCGAAAAGGAAAAUGCAUGUUUGGCCAUGAUUUCUUUUCCCAACACAAUUUACAUCUUCUAAGGGAAAACAACCUUGAUGGAUUAAAUGAGCGUGAAUUGCGGGCCCUGUUUCAACUACCUCUGAGCCGCUGCAAAACCACUACUCCUCAAGUGUGCAAAUAUUAUAAUAAUGACAGACAGAAGUGUACUAAUAGACAUUGCACAUCUCUACACAUAUGCUCACAAUUCAUUCUUCAAGAACAACAUAAAAACUGCAAGAAGAACCACUCGUUUCAGGAUGAUCAAGUCAGAAAAACUCUGGAUCUUUUUGAGAUUGGUGGUAAAGAUUGGAGAAAAAAUGAAGUUUUUGAGAUUAUCAGCCGCUUUAAUGGCCUAGAACAAUCAGCUGAUGGCAACCAAGAAAUGUAUAGCGACUAUAGUGAUAAUGAGAGCAACUAUUCCGAAAGGUCAAGCUUCAGCAACUACUCAGGAUCACGACAAAUUAUUCGUCACUUAGAUCAUGAAAGAUCACAGUCUACUUGUGAUGGAUGCAAAUCAUUAAAGCAAGAGAUGCAUGCCCUGAAGCUAGAAAUGACCCAGAAAGUAAUGUCUUUAGAACGAGACUUUUCCCUACUGAAAUCAGAAGUUCAGAGUGUAAAAGUAAACAAGAGUGCUCAAGAAACGUCUGCCAAGAAAUGUCCAAUAUCAGGUAUAACUUUUAACUAAUUAUUUUUACAAACAUUUUGUGUAACUGACAAAGAGAUUAUUACAUUUACUUUAUUGAGAAAUUUAUUUUAGUGGGCUGUGAUCUUCAAUGUGUAGCUAGCACAAAUAAAAUUUUUAGAAAUUUCACUUUCUUUUUAUAUGGUGUGCAUGUUAUUAAAUGAACAUCUCUUACUGAGAGCAUUGGGACAAUAAAAAAAUGAACAUUGAAUGAAGAAAGAGAACAAAAUAAGACUAACUAGAAAGUAAGGUAUUUCAUAUAACAUCUGUGAAUUUUUUUUUUAAAGAACUUUACCAUGAUUAUUGUAUAUAGGCCUAUUAUUACAAUAUUAGAUAUACUUUUUAGUUAGUGAUAAAUAAAUCCUAUCUUCUGCUAAACAAAAAUAUUGCUCAUAUAACAAUGUUUAUUGUAGUUUUCAUAUUGAUUUAUUAUACUUGUUUAAAGUUAACUAUUCCUGUUAUUAACAUGGGGAUAAGGGAAGUCCUAAAAGGGAAUUCAGGAAUACUUUGUCCCAUUUUGGAUACUGCAACCUUCAACAUUUAAACUCUAUUGUUUAGAUUAAAAACAACAUUUAAAAGAUUUCUGUUGCUGUUGUUUUUUUUGUUUUUUUUCAUUUUUAAUUGGCAGCUAUUGUAUAUUUUACUCAAUGUAUUUUGCAGCAAGGGAAACAACUGAAACAAUAGAUUAUUUUCAAAAAAACUUUUUGAAUAGUGAAGUAGGUGAUUGAGUAGUCUAAAAAAUGAAAACAAAAGUCAUUUAACAAUUAUUGUUGAGUCUAUUUAGAAAAAACUUUUUUGAUUAAAACAUACAAACAUUGCUAGUAUGAAAUAAAGAAGUAAAAAUAAAACAACAACUAAAACACUCAAUAUUUUUAGUUGAUUUUCAAUUACUUUUCAGUCCUAAUUAUUCAAAAAAUAAUUUUGAAGUUCUUACCAUUUAUAGCUUGAUGUAGUCUGUUUUUCUUCAGACAAUAUGAGUACCCCUUUCAGUUCUUGUGACCUGCAGGGGCAGAUAAUGUAAAGUUUGUCUGUUUCUAUGUCCAACGGUUGUGAGGGUGUCAUGUGACCAGCACUACAACGAAUCACCUUUAUUUUCUCUACUGAGACCAGGUAUCCAUUAGGGUUGGGUGGAUUCAGGGGCACCCUAAAAUUCUGAAACUCAAAAUCCCAGUCUUCACCAAGAUUCAAACUCGAGACCCCCAUUAAGGAAGCUAAGCAUCUUAUCACACUGCCACCUCAGUACUUGUGUUAAAAUUCUAGAUCAUGUUAAUUUUUUUAAGACUAAUUUAAUGUAUAUUUUCUAUUAUGUUAUCAAGUACAGCUUACUUUACAAUAUACCUCCUUUUAUAUUAUGUGUUUGUUUUGAGAAAGAAAGAGAUCUCAAUCAUUUAUAAUUUUAAGCAGUUGUUACACUUGAUUUGAAGUUUUUGUAAAUGUUAAUCUAAACACUGUAUUUAAUCUAAGGAAGUGAAAUACAAAAUUUUUUUUACAUAUUUUUUUUUCUGAUUCAUUUUUGUCUCAUAUCAAAAUUGUGUAACUACAUUUUUUUAAAAAUGUUGUGAACAUCAUCAUCAUCAUCCAUUUGAGUGAGGGCUCAUCCUCUCUUGCAAAAGCCCUGGACAGAAACCCCGCUGUCCUGCAUAGUGCAUACAUGUCACCAUACAGGUCGACAACUUUGGUUUCCCAGAUAAAGAUCAGCAAGUCUGGGGCAGUCGAAAAGAAUAUGAGACACGGUUUCCUCUUCUUCCCCUCAGCGGGGGCACUGUGAAUCAAAAUUUGGCCAUAGCCGUGAGAAAAUGUUGUGAUAAAGUAGUAGUAAAUGUUAUAGUAAUUACCUCCACUUUUUUAUACAUUUAUAUAUGUAAUAAAGAUUUAAAGAUAUAAGAA